AUGGGAUGCAGCGCGGUAAGUAGAUUUACCGUUCAUUUGACUAAAACAGCAUCACAGCAAAGACCCCGCGUGGCACAUCAAAAGAAGAAGUCUACCCGAAAGCACAAUCACGAGGGUGGUAACGAUUUUGAUGGCGGUGAUGGUGGAGGUGGUGACGAUGGAUGGGGCUACGACGCAGGUGGAAAUGAUGCAGGGGGCUACGACGCAGGUGGAAAUGAUGCAGGGGGCUACGACGCAGGUGGAAAUGAUGCUGGGGGCUACGACGCAGGUGGAAAUGAUGCUGGGGGCUACGACGCAGGUGGUGGAAAUGAUGCAGGGGGCUACGACGCAGGGGGAAAUGGUGGAGGUGGCUACGACGGAGGAGGCGGUGGAGGUGAUUUUUGA